AUGGAUCAGGCUCUGGCUGGGCCAUCCAGAGGAGGGAGGAAACGAGGCGCCUCGUGUUUGCAGCGUGAGCUCGGCUGUGAUGCCUAUAUGCGGCAACUGGCGUGCGAGAGCUCUGAUCGUGAGCCAAUGUCGAGCACCACGUCUCUUUCGCAAUCCAAACGCGACUCUGAGAUCUCCGAGGAGUGCCACAUCCAUUGGCAUGAGCGCCACAACCCUAACGACCCACCACUGGUAACCAGCGACGUCUCCCCAGACACAAACGCACGAAAGGAACCCUCUCGAUCGCAAACCCUUCAGCAAGCAGUCACAUACCCUCACCGGAUCCCCCACCCAUCAAUCUGGAGCCUCCCCAACGACACCCUACACUUCCCUACACUAGCCGCCAAAUCACUAGACGUCCAAACCCGCGAAAUGUUCAACACAGGCCUCUCCAGCGUCCUCCUCCCUGCAACGUUUGCAGCCUUCUCCAAACGCGUCGACCAAGACAUUGUCGCCUUCGUCCGCGACGACCAACGUGCACAGUGCCCACCCAUUGAAUGGACAGUCCGCUGCUACGCAACCUGGCACUUGGCAACCCUGCACUCGGAUCCGGACCUCCUCGCACAGAGCCGGUAUAUCUAUAGCGUGUUGAUUAGAUAUCUCCAAUCUGCGCUCGAUGAUCCGCGCAAGUCCACAUCGCAGACUACACUCACCGUCGCGGUGCUAUUGGGCAUCUACGAGGUCUUUGACGGGAGUUCCCCCGACGCGUGGCUGGUGCAUAUACGUGGUGCAAAGGAGAUAUUGAAACGCCGCGGGGCGGCAGCACAUUUAAAUGGGUUUGCGAGGACAAUUGUGUUUUCGUGA